UGUCCAUACUCUCACAGAUCCCACCCCGCCCAACAUGCUCUCCAGGAUUGUGGUGUUAUAUAGAACACUUUCCUGCUACUCUCCGAUCUCUUGGGUCUGAGGACUCUGGAGAAGCCCCAAGCCCAGGGUCCUGAGUCUGGGCCAGGGGUUUUAUGGAGGGGUUUCCAUUUCUGCCAACCACUGGAAUAUGGUUGGAAGGUUGUUCCAGGCACAGGAACCAGUCUGUGCAAAUACUUAGAGGUGAGGCUGAAAUGGGAGUUUUCAAGAAAUUGCAGGUCUCUUAUCAUGUCUGGUGGGAACCAAGAGCAAGGGGUGGGAAUCAUCCUGAAAUAGCUUAAAGCUGAUUAUGUAGAUUGGAGGUUAAAAGAGAAUAUUCAUUUCAUUUAGUGAGCCAGGAAGGUGAUGGUAGAGAGCCAGAGAUAACUGUGAUCCAAAGAGUGAUGUACAUGUAGAAAGAAGUGUAGACUAAUGACCUCUGGGCUUAAAGGAGAAAAGCGAGCCCAACUUUGGUUGUCUGGUAAGCAUGAUAUUAGUGACCCCAGAGGAAUUUGCUUACAGAAGGGUGAAGCCCUGUAUGCUAGGCACAGAACUUAGAGGGUGACAAUUCUUCACCUGCCUGUGGUUGCUAUGGGUAGACACAGUCAUCAUUAGGACCAUGAGGAGGGAGAAAACACCAAUGGCACCUGAUCCUCAUAUGUCCUCUGAGUUAAGUAGGAAGGUAUACAGGAUGGCGAUGUGUGGGGGCAUGGAUGGGGGUUCUUGGGAGAGAUGCUGCUCAUGGACUUGGCUCUCCCAAUUGUGGCAGGGGCAGGUGAACUUUGAGGACGUGUUCGUGUACUUCUCCCAAGAGGAGUGGGUGCUCCUUGAUGAGGCUCAGAGGCUCCUGUACCGUGAUGUGAUGCUGGAGAACUUUGCACUUAUGGCCUCUCUGGGUUGUUGGCCUGGAAUGAAGGAUGAAGAGAUACCUUUUGAGCAGAGCUUUUCUAUAGGAUUGUCACAGAUCAGGAUUCCUAAGGGAAGUCCUUUUACUCAGAAGGCUUACCCCUGUGGGACAUGUGGCCUGGUCUUAAAAGACAUUUUGCACUUGGCUGAGCACCAGGAAACACACCCAGGGCAGAAACCAUACAUGUGUGUCCUGUGUGGGAAACAGUUCUGGUUUAGUACAAACCUUCACCAGCACCAGAAGCAGCACAGUGGAGAGAAACCCUUUAGAAGGGAAAAGAGCAGGGCCUUUCUUGUGAACAACUGCCCUGUCCAAUCAUCAGAGAUGUCUUUUGUGACAGGGGCUUGUAAGGACUUCCUAGCCAGCUCAGGCAUUUUCCAGCACCAUGUCCCUCACAAUGAAUGGAAGCCACACAGCAGCACCAAGUGUAAGGAGGCCUUUCACCGUGGAAAAAGGCAUUACAAAUGCAGUGAAUGUGGGAAAACCUUUAGCCGCAAAGACUCACUCGUUCAACACCAGAGAGUCCACACUGGAGAAAGGCCUUAUGAGUGUGGUGAAUGUGGGAAAACCUUCAGUCGCAAACCCAUACUUGCUCAGCACCAGAGAAUCCACACUGGAGAAAUGCCUUACGAGUGUGGCAUUUGUGGGAAAGUUUUUAAUCAUAGUUCUAACCUGAUUGUACAUCAAAGAGUACACACUGGAGCAAGGCCUUACAAGUGCAGUGAAUGUGGGAAAGCCUAUAGCCACAAGUCUACACUUGUUCAGCAUGAGAGUAUCCAUACUGGAGAAAGGCCUUAUGAGUGCAGUGAAUGUGGAAAGUACUUUGGUCACAAAUACAGACUCAUUAAACAUUGGAGUGUUCAUACUGGAGCAAGGCCUUAUGAGUGUAUUGCAUGUGGAAAGUUCUUUAGCCAAAGCUCUGACCUUAUUGCACAUCAAAGAGUUCAUAAUGGUGAAAAGCCUUAUGUGUGCAGUGAAUGUGGAAAAGCCUUUAGCCACAAACAUGUCCUUAUUCAGCAUCAUAGAAUUCACACUGGAGAAAGGCCAUAUAAGUGCAGUGAAUGUGGGAAGGCCUUCAGGCAGAGAGCUUCCCUCAUCCGACAUUGGAAAAUUCACACUGGAGAAAGGCCUUAGGCUGGAAGAUAGAUACUCCAUUUUUUUUGUUUAACAUAAUAACUGACCCCAGAGAGAAGCGCCAAGAGUAGCAGUCUUUAUGUGUAGCCAGUAGCCAAAAGUAGAACUUUAUACACUCAAACACUCACUCUAGGGAGGUUCUUCUGAGUGCCAGCUAUAUGGGAAGCUUUCUGGAGCUAUGCUGAAUUUUCUAGACCCUUGCUGGAAUUUCAUCAAGGUAGUGCCUCUGAUAGAAGCCAUCUGUCUUUGUGCUGGAAGAGUCCUGCAUUGUGCAAAAGUAACCCUAAUGUGCUUCAAAAGGCAGGCCUCUGUGCUUCUCCCUUCCCUUGAGGGAAUCAUCAGUAGCCUGUGGCCAUCAAGGAUUCUCACUUUUUUCUGCCCCACAACUGGUUGAAGCAUGAGCACGACCCAGUUUUAGCCAGAAAGAUAGGAGCUUUGUUCUGCUGACCACUAGCAGAGGGUUCCCUUCUUCAUGGAUAUGGUUGAUCUCACAUGGCACUUCUGAUUGAUUUGUCCGGGCUCUAAGACAUCUAACCUGAAAUUGGCUGCCUCAUAUUCUGGUUUUGCAACAAAUGCCUUAAUUUUUAGACUACCAUAAAUCUUGGGGAUUCUGUUCGCUAUGUGGGUUAGGUUUAGAACAGAAUUGGGCUAAGCCAGUAUGAAGGGAUGAACAGCUUUUGUGAGAGCUCCAACUAUUUGUAUCUCUGAGGUGAUAGUAGGAUGGCAAAGAAUAGCUCUUGUUCUACUGUCAGCCUAACUUGCUUUGCUGCUUAAGGAAAGAAUGCCAGUCUUUGCAGCCCUAAUCUUUUGGUCUGUAUGUCAGGAUUUUUGCAUAAUUGAGGUCACCCUAAGCAGUGGGCAUUUGUUGUGAUAAUCUCUGGUGUAUCUGGGAGCAACGUGAAUUAGGUCCCUUUUCCCCAGAAGAUAUUUCUUAUUCUCAAGGCUUCUUAAGGAGAAUUUGAACUCGUGGGACCUGUCAAGAUCUCUGAAAUCUGUUUUUCAGUAGGAAGUUGACACUGGCUGUCCUCCAAAAGGCCCAGGUAGGAAUCAUAAUUGGUGCAGAGACCCAAAUUAUUAAGGGGAUGGGAAAACUGCAGCAAACCAUAAGGAAUAUGACCCUUCUAAAGGUACAUCCACAUGUGUUUCCAUUACUCUGGCUCUACUAUGAGGGUUUACAGAAAUAUUCCCAUACCUGUGUCUCUUAUGGCUAAGAUUACUGUCCAGAAGUCAGUCUAAACAUUUUUGCAAUAAACUGCACAUAUUUACAGUG